GAUAUAAUCCACCCAAACCACUUGGAAACAAUCCCUCGGUCAUCCAUCCCUUUCCUUAAUCCUGUUCCUGGUCCUCCCAACACUGUUUCUAUCACCACCAUACAAGAAGGAAAAAAUGGCACGUUAUAGUAGCACCUAUCUUUCUUCCUGCUAUGUCACAGCUGCUCUCAUCACUCUGCUCACCUUUGGUUUCUCUGGUUUCCAUGGCAUAACAACAUGCAGUGCAGCGAGAAUCCACGUCCAGAAGAAAGUAGGCACAAACUUCAUCGCCACCAAAUGCGGCACCACGAGUUACCCACGACUCUGCGUUGAUACGCUCUCAGCCCAUGCCAGCACGAUCCAGGACAACCCCUCGCAGCUCGCCCAGACGGCCAUCUCGGUGUGCCUGGCCAGCGCGCGGAGCACAUCGGCCGUGCUGUCGAGGCUGUCAACCACUGGGGGCAUGAGUGCCAGAGACGCGGGCGCGGUCAGUGACUGUAAGACCACCAUGGGAGACUCUGCGGACAAGCUCCAGAAGUCCCUGGGGUCGAUGGGGAGCCUCGGAGGAAAGAAAGGCGUGGCUCUUCGGAUCAAUGACAUACAGACCUGGAUGAGCACGGCGCUGACGGACGUGACCAUGUGUAGGGAGGGUUUAGCGGGGAGCAGCAUGGAUGGUGGUGUCACGAGCAGUAUUAUGAACGCUGAACGGCUCACAAGCAUUGCUUUGGCUCUUGUCAAUGGUCUCGGCUCUUCGUCUCCAUGAUGCCACUAGCUAGGAGUUGUUUAGCCUGCAAGGGUUACCAUGCGUUGAUGUAUACAGUUUCACGUUUAUCUGUGCAAGGGGUCUGAUGUAGCUUAUAACUAAUGUUUCAAAGUGGCUUAUAUAUUCGAUGGAUUAUUCUAGUUCAAA